GAUUCUUGGGAUGGCCAGCAUAUUCCAGUACUUUUCUCCAUUUUUUGUGGUUUGUUAGUGGCAGUGUCCUAUCAUCUCAGUCGCCAAAGCAGUGAUCCAUCUGUACUUUUCUCUUUGGUGCAAUCUAAGAUUUUUCCAAAAACAGAAGAGAAAAAUCCAGAGGACCCUCUUUCUGAAGUAAAAGAUCCACUGCCUGAAAAACUUAGAAAUUCUGUUAGUGAACGUUUACAGUCUGACCUAGUAGUAUGCAUUGUAAUUGGGGUGCUGUAUUUUGCUAUUCAUGUAAGCACAGUGUUCACAGUAUUGCAGCCUGCUCUCAAGUAUGUGUUGUAUGCGUUGGUCGGCUUCGUAGGUUUUGUAACCCAUUAUGUGCUGCCUCAAGUUAGAAAACAGUUACCGUGGCACUGUUUCUCUCACCCUUUGCUGAAGACAGUGGAGUAUAAUCAGUAUGAAGUUCGCAAUGCAGCCACUAUGAUGUGGUUUGAGAAACUUCAUGUGUGGCUUCUUUUUGUGGAGAAGAAUAUCAUCUAUCCAUUGAUUGUUCUCAAUGAACUGAGUAGCAGCGCAGAGACAAUUGCGAGUCCAAAAAAGCUGGACACCGAACUAGGUGCUUUAAUGAUCACCAUUGCUGGUCUGAAGUUGCUACGAUCCUCUUUUAGCAGCCCUACGUAUCAGUAUGUCACAGUCGUCUUCACUGUGCUGUUUUUCAAAAUUGACUAUGAAGCUUUUUCAGAGACCAUGCUGUUGGACCUCUUCUUCAUGUCCAUCCUCUUCAACAAGCUUUGGGAACUCCUUUAUAAAUUGCAGUUUGUGUAUACUUACAUUGCCCCAUGGCAAAUUACUUGGGGUUCUGCUUUCCAUGCUUUUGCUCAACCCUUUGCAGUGCCCCAUUCAGCCAUGUUGUUUGUUCAGGCUGCUGUAUCAGCCUUCUUUUCUACGCCACUAAACCCCUUUCUGGGAAGUGCAAUAUUCAUCACUUCAUAUGUUCGACCUGUGAAAUUCUGGGAGAGAGACUAUAACACAAAACGAGUGGAUCAUUCAAAUACCAGAUUGGCUUCCCAGCUUGAUAGAAAUCCAGGAUCAGAUGACAACAAUCUGAAUUCCAUCUUUUAUGAACAUUUAACCAGAUCCCUACAACACAGUCUCUGUGGUGAUUUGCUCCUAGGACGGUGGGGAAACUACAGUACAGGGGACUGUUUCAUUCUUGCCUCUGACUACCUCAAUGCAUUAGUACACCUUAUAGAGAUUGGCAAUGGACUGGUCACUUUCCAGCUGCGGGGACUGGAAUUCAGAGGCACUUACUGUCAACAACGGGAGGUGGAGGCCAUAACUGAAGGUGUUGAGGAAGAUGAAGGAUUUUGCUGUUGUGAGCCUGGCCACAUUCCUCAUGUGCUUUCAUUUAAUGCUGCAUUUAGCCAACGCUGGCUAGCUUGGGAAGUCAUAGUCACCAAGUAUAUUCUGGAGGGUUAUAGCAUCACUGACAAUAGUGCUGCCUCUAUGCUUCAAGUCUUUGAUCUUCGGAAAGUACUCACCACUUAUUAUGUCAAGGGUAUCAUUUAUUAUGUUACAACCUCUUCUAAGCUAGAGGAGUGGCUAGCUAAUGAGACAAUGCAGGAAGGACUACGUCUGUGUGCAGAUCGAAAUUAUGUUGAUGUGGACCCUACAUUUAAUCCAAACAUUGAUGAAGACUAUGACCACCGACUAGCAGGCAUAUCCAGGGAGAGUUUCUGUGUAAUUUACCUCAACUGGAUAGAGUAUUGCUCUUCCCGAAGAGCAAAGCCACUGGAUGUGGACAAAGAAUCCUCCCUGGUGACUCUUUGUUAUGGACUGUGUGUUCUGGGACGGAGAGCUUUGGGGACUGCAUCCCACCAUAUGUCCAGUAAUUUAGAGUCAUUCCUCUAUGGAUUGCAUGCCCUAUUUAAGGGAGAUUUCCGUAUUUCUUCAAUUCGAGAUGAAUGGAUCUUCGCCGACAUGGAAUUGCUAAGAAAAGUAGUAGUCCCUGGAAUCCGUAUGUCCAUUAAACUUCAUCAGGAUCAUUUCACUUCUCCAGAUGAGUACGAUGACCCUACUGUGCUCUAUGAAGCCAUUGUAUCCCAUGAAAAAAACCUCGUGAUAGCCCAUGAAGGGGACCCUGCAUGGCGAAGUGCAGUCCUUGCCAACUCUCCCUCCCUGCUUGCUUUGCGGCACGUCAUGGAUGAUGGCACCAAUGAAUAUAAAAUCAUCAUGCUCAACAGGCGCUACCUUAGUUUCAGGGUCAUUAAAGUGAAUAAGGAAUGUGUCCGAGGUCUUUGGGCAGGGCAACAGCAGGAGCUUGUUUUUCUCCGUAACCGUAACCCAGAGAGAGGUAGCAUCCAAAACGCAAAGCAAGCUCUGAGAAAUAUGAUAAAUUCAUCUUGUGAUCAACCUAUUGGUUACCCGAUCUUUGUCUCACCCCUGACAACUUCUUACUCUGACAGUCAUGACCAGCUUAAAAAAAUUCUUGGGGGACCUAUCAGUUUGGGAAACAUCAGAAACUUCAUAGUGUCAACGUGGCACAGGUUAAGGAAAGGUUGUGGAGCUGGAUGUAACAGUGGUGGUAAUAUUGAAGAUUCUGAUACUGGAGGUGGGACUUCCUGCACUAGUAACAAUGCAACAACUGCCAAUGAUCCCCACAGCAGUGUGAUCCAAGGAAGCACUGGAAAUCCAGGCCAGGGGUUGGGUGCAGGACUCCAUCCGCCUGUCACAUCUUAUCCUCCAACACUCGGUAACAUGAAACAAAAUUACAUGUAUAUUGUUAGCCUCUUAGCUGUGGGGUUCAGUUGGUAUGUAUGCAGUCUAUAUUUAUUUAAAAUACAGAUUGUGGAUCCCAGUCAAAUUCUGGAUGGGAUCAACCUGUCAAAAAGAAAAGAGCUGCAGUGGCCUGAUGAGGGUAUUCGGUUAAAAGCUGGGAGAAACAGCUGGAAAGACUGGAGUCCUCAGGAGGGCAUGGAAGGCCAUGUGAUUCACCGAUGGGUGCCUUGCAGCAGAGAUCCAGGUACUAGAUCCCACAUUGACAAGACAGUACUCCUGGUUCAGAUUGAUGAUAAAUACGUGACUGUAAUUGAAACAGGGGUACUAGAACUUGGGGCUGAAGUGUGAGCCAGUGCUUUAGAACUACAUGUAUUUUCCCUCUCAAUUUCAAGACGUUGGGAAAAGAGAGGAGGCAGCAGAAGAUGUCUGCAGGCCUCACUUUGGUCCUAGAGGAGAGACUUGAACGUGGAGGGGGCUUGAUUAAGCGCCUCUCCUUUGCCCUCCACCCAGACUCCUGUCACUGUCUUUGUCCCCGAAUAAAUCUGAAAUAUUUUUUUAAGUUAGCUGCUGAGAAAACAUUUUGCAUGAAGGAUAAAGUUCUGUUAAAAUACA